AUGGCCACGUGGCCGGACUUGUUGAAGAAGGUCGAAGAUCCGAGCCCGGGCGAGGCUGUGGUGGCGACAACAAUUUCUUGGUUCACAGACAAGCUGAAUGUAGCUUUUCCGGGACUGGCUGAAGGAGACACAGGACAGCUGAUUGAAGACAAGCUUCCCAAGGAAUUGCCAGUUCAGGCGUGCGUCAUCCGUCGUGUGCUUAGGGCGGUCAAGGCGGUGGCUCAGGCUCGCCGUGUGCAGCAAGGCAGUGGUGCAGCCUCCAGCGCCCAAUCCCUUUCCAAGUUGCUAGUUCCAGGCAAGGUGGCAGAUGUGGCAGUCGGCACGGAUCUGUCAGUUGGAAACUCUGCGGAUGGCGUGGAGAAGCUACUUCUGGUGCGGGGAGUCCGCUUGUUGAUGUUCAAGCACUUCAAGGUGAUGUGGCGAUCCUUGGUGGCAAUACACGUCAGAGGAAUACUCUCAGCUGUUCCGGAGUCUGGACAGAGCUUCAUUUGCUCUUGUAGUCUGACAGACUUUCAGAACUUAGGAUUGGUGCAUGGAUUGAUCUCGGCGGGUCAGACGAUCAUCUCCACCACCGUGCUGAUCCUCGUGAAUGCCAUGGAAUCUGCUGUUCAAGAGGCUGAGGAAGAACGGAGCUCAUUGAAGUGCAAAGUCAAGGAGGCGAUACCUGAAUUGCUGAAGAUUUUUGUGAAGAUCGAUAAAGAUGAGAGUGGUAUCAUCUCUCGUGAUGAAAUGGCGUCGGUGCAUGAGAAUGUGUUGCCUCGGCGGUUGAUGGACUCUGCCUGUGUGGGAUCCAUCCUGGACUUCUUUGACUUUUUGGACGUGGAUGAGAAAGGAGAGCUGCUUGCUGUGCAGAGCUGCUCUGUGCUUUUUACUUUUGGACGCAGCGCAGAGUCGGAACCGCAAUAGUCUUUUCUGGGGUGAGAAGUGUGAGGUGUUGGUGGAGGAACUUUGUGGUGACCAAACACACACACACACACACCUGCUGGCUCAAGGAUAUGCGUAACAGUGGACGUAGUGCUGACAGGGCGUAAUGCUGACAUGCCAUAAUGCAACGUAUAUCAUGCUGGCAUGUUGUCAUGCUGACAUUUUUCAUUUUCAUAGUGUCAGGCUGCCAUGCUUGUAUGGUUUGCGCUGUCAUGUCGACAUUCCAACAUGUUGUCAAUCUGUCAUGCUAACUUGCAAAGACGGGGUCAUGCUGACGUGCCGUUUUUGCUGACAUGCAAACAUGUUGUUGUUACAACACCUUACUGAGGUGUUGUCAUGCCGAUAUGUUGACAUGGUGUGCCAUCCGAGGAAACGUAAUAAAGGCCCAACAAACAUUUCCAACAGCUGGGCAUUAAUCCGCCUAGUAAGCAUUGGCAGCCCUCACUCGAACUUUCUGAUAUGUAAAUAUGCCACGGCUUCUUUUGGCUACGCCAACGCCCUGCAUUAUAUGACUGAAGUCAGUGCGGGGUACGGCUGGGAAAAAAGUAAGCAUUGGCAGCAUCGCGCUCGCCAAAAGUUGCUGUGUCUUUACCGGACAAAGCUGGUUCGAAACAUGUGACCCUAUUCAAUGCGACAAGCAUGCAUCACACAAUCGGAAAUAUAAUGUUGGCAUAACGCAUGUGCCCAAAUAUGUGCAAGCACGACAUGGCCACAACAAGCAAGAAGCAGGCAACCCACUCUGGAGCCUGAGAGCAUGUCAGCGAGACAGCAUGACCCAACAUCAGUAUCUCAGCGUGACAACGUGUCAGCAUGUCAGUGUUGCCCAUAUCAGCAUGAGAACUUGUCAUCAUGAUGUCCGUGAGGAACGUGGUUCCUUGAUCUUUGUAGCAAAGGUGGCGCAACUAGUUCGAGCUGUCAGGAUUCCCUCCUGUUUUUUGGACAAGGUGAAACACUUGGUUCAGGAAUGCUACCGCAGGGAGGUUUGUGGGGCACUAUUUUUGUAAAGAAUGCGUUUUGAAGAGAUCCGCAGAUGAGACACCUGUGCCCAUCAGAACUUGGGGAAGAGAAGGGGAAUACGUUCUGCAUGUGUUGCAGUUUCAAAGGCAGGAGUGGAGUAAGAGAGUUGCGAAGCUUUUUGCAUCAUUGCAAUGAGGUUGACACAGGAAGAGUUUGUGGAAGGAUUGCUGAAUCUAUGCCUGCUGGAAAUGCCAAUCCACGCUAUUCAGACUCUGAAACUGCUGCACCUGACCGUGAACAUUUGCAGAAAAAUUGACCAAAACUUGGAGGUGCUUCGAGCUCGCACUUUGGGCAGUAUUCCUGACAAGGGCACCAAUGGCGAUGUGUGCUCUCCUGGCCUCCUUUGGCCUCAGGAGUCCUAAGGCCCUAAGGCACAGCACAUAAUUCCGGCUGCUAAAAAUGUGGGAACCACAUAGUGCUGAGUGUUGGAGUGUUGGCACGUGAUAUCUUUUUGUGGAAACUGGACUCGUAAGACUGCUGAGACCC